CCCUGCGCCGCCCGCCGCGCGCUGCCAAUUUUUGCCAAGUUCCCAGGGGAUCCACCACUAGCCGCUGCCGCGCACCUAAUAAUUGCAUCGCCUAGUUACCUUACCGCUACUGGUCGUGGUAUUCGCGACGAGUGAACACAGGCGCGCUUAUAUUACCACCUCCCACCGCCGCCUACUGCUACUGCCCGGAGCUUAGCGCGUGAGCUGUGAGGCCAGCGGGGAGGGACAGAGGGAGAUCCCGUGGUCUUCUCGCGGCGGCGGCAGCAUGAAGCUCCCGCUGCUGCGGGCGCUGUGGCCGGGCCUGGCUCCCGCGGCGGGACCGACCGACGCCGCGCCCGAGCCGGCCAAGCCCUCGCUGCCCGCUGCUUGGCUGCUGCUCCACGCGCUCUUCUGCGCCACCUCCAUGGCCGUCGGCUUCCGCUUCUCCCGCCUCAUCGUCUACCUCCUCUUCCUCCCGACCCCGCCCAUCAACCCCGCCGCGAACCUCGUAUCCCUCGUCUCCCCGCCCGUCAUGUUCGCCUCCACCAACGCCACCGCGACGAUCACCACCACCACCACGACCACCACUACCGUCACGACCACCACCACCGUAGCCGCCGAGAUCGGGACUCACGCUCACGUCCACCAUGGCCCGGUGUUCGUGGGGCGCCACCCCAUCCGCGUCCGCCCAUGGCCCCACCCGGACCCCAACGAGCUACUCAAAGCCCACCGCAUCCUCGCCGCCGUCCAGAACGCACAGCGCAGCAGCCGCCACCGCGGCGCUGGGCCAGCAAGACCCGUCAUUGCAAUCACCCCGACCAUCACCUCGGCGCUACAGGUCCCCUCCCUGACGUCCCUGGCGCACACGCUCCGCCUGGUCGAUGGCCAGCUCAUGUGGAUCGUCGUCGAGCCUGGCCACCGCACCGACGCCGUCGCCGCCGUGCUCUCCCGCUCCAACCUCGACUUUCUCCACAUCACCGGCCCCAGCGACUCCACCGCGCGCCUGCGAGUGCACGCCCUCAGGGAGAUACGGAAGAAGCGGAUGGACGGCGUCGUGGUGUUCGCCGACGAGAGCAGCAUCCUCCGGACGGAGCUGUUCGACGAGGCGCAGAAGGUGAAUUCCGUGGGCGCCGUGCCCGUCGGCAUCCUGGGCGAGGACGACGGGACCAGCGAGUCGUUCCUCCAGGCGCCGUCGUGCGACGCGGCGGGGAAGCUGUUGGGCUACCACGUGUCGGAGGAGACCGUACUGCCAGCGAACCGGAGCGACAUGCUGCUGUCGAGCAGGCUGGAGUGGGCCGGGUUCGUGGUGGACGCGCGUGCGCUGUGGGAGGACGCAAAGGAGCGUCCCGAGUGGGUGCGCGAUCUCGACACCAUCGACGACGCCGACGCGCACAUCGCCAGCCCGCUCGCGCUGGUCACCGACGCCGGCCGCGUCGAGCCGCUCGCCAACUGCGCCCAGGCGGCGCUCGCGUGGUCGCUCCGGUCGGACAGUCUACACGAGGUCAAAUUCCCACACGAAUGGAAAAUCGAUCCUCCUCUGCUGAAUACUGGUUCCCGUCAGCAAACUGUUAAACAAGAGACCCCACUCAAGAGAACUACUCUAGCAAACACUGAAGAUCAGCACUAGAGGACAUUUUUUGUGGACAGUAGAAGUCAGAGCAAAUCAGGCAGCUGUUGCUCCCAAGAUUUGUCAAAAUUCUCCAGUCCUAAACUGAUGAAUCUAUGCCUCGUCGGUGCCAAGCGCUGUCAAGCAACGUAAGCCAGCUCAGCUCAUUUCUUUGGACUCUUCAAAGGAGAAAGCCACCAACAAUACAUGUAAUCUUUGGAUCCUUCUAAAUCACCUUGUAUCACUGUGUAAAAUAGAUAAAUUUUAAUUAUUUGUACCACCCAUCACUUCUCAGUAGAUAGUAUUUUAGGCAUAUUGUUUUCGUGUAAAAUAGAUCAGAGCAGAGAGUUGCAAAAUUGAUGUGGUCUGGGAGUUGAAGGAUUGGUUGUACACUUGUAUGGAAAUAAUAACGAAACAGUUUUCACUUUA